CUGACAACAUCACUGUUAACUUUUAGAUAGAUACAAAAAAGAGAAAAAUUGUGUUUGGUUUAGUCACUUAGUGUUUCUUUGCUUAGUCACAAUAUGGAGAAAAGGGCUUCAUGCCAUAAAAGCUGCGGUCGUAAGCCUUCGUUUAAACAGGCAAAGGAAUGUAAAUAUAUAACUGAGGGUGAGGAAGCUCCAGCGUACUUGCCUCAGCCUAAAGACAAGUAUGGUGAUGUCAUAGGGGGAGAAAAUCAAACCAUGGGACCUAUUGGGCCCUGGGCAGGGGGCAACGUUGAAUGGAGCCCGCACUCAGGCCUCACAGGAACACGCCCUGUUGUCGAUCACUAUUCCACGACUAGAUACAGUGAGGGGGAAUGGAGAAAGCACAAUGAGGAAGUGCUGUGCAGUUCUGCUGAUGACCUUCACAGAGUCAACAUGGCUGAGUUCAACAGCAGGAGAGGGCUUGCUUGCAUCGCAGCAACCGCUGAUAAAAAUCAGUAUUUAAAUACAGUGCGAAUAGGGGAGAGGACGCAUGAAAUCUUAAGAUGGAAAAAUGAAGUUGAAAGAGAGAUUUAUGCGUUCAUUGAAGAAGUUAAGUUGCUUGAGCAAAAGAGAAGGCAAGCCAGGCAAGCCGGUGGAGUCUUAGAGUUGGUCAGGAGUAUUUCUAGUGAGUGCUUAGAAAGAAGGGCAUGUCGUGAUGGUCAUGAUUUGAUGAGAGAUACUGUCGAAGAAGAACUUAUUAAGGAAAGAGCACUUGUUUAUGAAGUAGGAGGGCUUAUUGAAAGGACACUCAAACAAAUAAAUGAACAACAGAUCCGAAAUAAGUCAAUAAAGGAACAUCUAGAAGGAGACUGGUCUGACAAAAAAGAAGCUUAUGAGAUUGAGGCUCAAAACAUGGGCCUGCGCACUGGUAAUAUAACAGUGCUUUUUAAACCAGCUUCGACCAGAUUCCCUGCGAAUCAGUCGACACCUCUUGGCUGGGAAUCAGCAACAAAAGAACUAUUGAUGGUGGCUGAAGCAGUCAGGGCACAAUCUUGUGAACUUAGAGCCCUACUUGAUGGUCCCAUUUUACAAGAUUGCAUCAAAGAUCUGAGGGCUCAGGCCGACAGGGUGGAUGCUGCAUUGGCUAAAGGAAUCGCAGACACUCAAAAUUGUAUUAAAGCAAUGGAAGCUGAGCUCGAAGUGGUUGUUCGAAGAAAUGCGGAAAGUGAAAAGUUAAUUUUAGACCUUCAAUAUGGAAUCCGGGGCUUAGAUGAAGCAAUGAAAACUGCACAGACCCGACUGGAUUAUCUUCAACGACGUCCAAGGUGUGAAAACACAAGAGACAAAGCACAAUUCGGACUAGUUGAUGAAGUGAAAAAUUUGGCUGAACAAACAAGCGCUCUUAAAGGACAACUUGCUGAGGCAGAAGAGGCACUUCUUAAUUUGAUCAGGUCAAGAGCCAUUCUAGAGAAGGAACUACAGAACAAACUAAAGACAUUAGACAUCGACAGAUACAGAUGCCAAGUUAUAAGGUCUCAUUAUCCAUCAUCAUCAGCCAUGGCCGGCUUUUAAAAAUCCACAGAGAUUGCUUAAAAUAAAUUAUUGUUGAUUGCAUUAA